GGCCGGAAGUGGAGCGCGGGCGGCGGGGCCCAGCCGGCGCCGGGAGCCGGGUGUGGUGAGGGGAGGCCGUUCCCCGCGCCGGGCCCACAGCCCUGGGUACUAUCCUAUGGUGACCCAGGAGCUGUGAGGACAAGCAGAUGGAAUUGGACAGUAGUUGCAGUAGCUGUAUUUCAGAUUAUUCAGAUGAUACAUUUGAGUCCUUCAGUGAGGAGGAAGAAGCCUGCAAACAAUACGAAAACGAACCAUUUGCAUCUUAUUGUACCACAGAGAACUCAGAGUGUCCUGCUGUGUCAGAUGUAUCUGAAAGCACAUGGAAGUCAACAAGUCAAAAUGAUGAAGGUGAGCUCUUAGACUCUGCAACUAUAGAAAAAGAUUUGAUGGGAAAAUGGAUCAACUGUCUCAAAAAUAAAGCAGCUGGCACUGGAGAAAGCAAACCUGUCAUGAGAACACGAACAGAAAUUCCUGAGGUACCAGCUGAAGAAUUGGAUGCUCUACAGAAUUUCUGCACCAUUAAGAUAAGCCAGAUCCAUCAUCAGUUGAUCUGUGAGCAGUCUAACAGUUGCAAACACAAAGAGUUGCAGCAUGGAUUCACUUCAGAGAAGUCAGUGACAGGUGCCUUAAACUGUAUUGUUCCUGAUCAGCUAGUGAACAGAAUCCACCUGAAAAAUAUCAGGGAGACAGUGAAACAGGUGACUGAAACAAAAGUACACCAGACUUCGCAGUGCCCUGAUUGUCAGAAGAAAAAAGCUGAACUGGCCAAGGUUACCUUUCUCAGACAAAGAAAAACACUUAUGGAGGGAUGUUUGCUUCAAGAAAAGUUGGAAGAACAGAUAUAUACCAAAGACUUGCUGACACUUAUAGGAGAAAUACACAAAAGUCUUCCGAAGCUUUCAGAGGACCCAAAGAACAUAUGGCAAAAACUGAAAGUGAAAGAGAAAACUACAACUGCUGCCUGCCUUUACUGUAGGAUUGCCUGGAACCUAGCUAUGAAUGGGAUGUGUCUGCAGGGAGCUACUUUGUCUGAAAUGACUAUUGGAAAAAUGAGCUCUGGCUGUGCUUGUGCUGUUGAGUAUACAUCUGAAUACACUGGACCAUGUGGCUGCAGGAACUGGAAGAGGAAGAUGGCAACCUGAUUGCUGACGUAAACCAGAGUUCCUAAAUUUCUGGAAAUAGUUGUCAUCUAGUCCUAUAUUCCCAGCUCCAAAAGGUUGCCUUAUACAGCCUUCUUGGAAGCUUUGGUUUCUCCACCUGAACCACAGCCAUGUGAUACCUAGGACACCAGAGAACAAGAAAAAUGAGAAGACAAGUGUGUUUGCCUGUAGAGCAUCGUACACAGCAGGCUUACCUGGGUAUGUGCAUCCCUUUACAUUUCAAACAGUUCUCUGGACAAUUUAAUUUAAAGCUCCAUUACACUCUCAAAAUACUCAUUUGUGUCUCAUUCAGAAAUGAUUUUCUUUCCCCCCAUGAACCAAUUUGAGGUUUUGCUUUCCUGGAAAACAAAGUUGACAGAUUAUAUCAAUUUAUUACAGUUUGCACAUGUUAAACAGGUGAAUUUCCAUCUUAAGUAUGUAUGAAAACUGCUGUAUUAAAA